AUAAUAACACGCCGGGUAAAAUCAUAGUUGACCAUCUCGGACGUGGUGUCUGUUUGUGGCUCACACAUGGAAUUAGCCUUUUAGCAAUGAUGUUUUAACAGCUGGACUGCUCUAAGCAUUCGAUUUGACUAAACAUAAACGUUGCACAGUCUUUGGAAUAAUAAAAAGGAAUUUCUCCAGUUUUACACUGUUUUGUACACAAGCAGGGGCCACCCCCCUUUUAUUUUCCACCAACACCCACAUGAAUGGUUACUGAUUUGACAAUAUGAAGGUGAAGAAAACCACACAGGUCAAAGGUCAUGCUAAAUCUCAGAAGUGGAAGGAUGUGAGGGGAAAACGAUGCAGACCUCCCAUCAGUUCAUCUGAGCUCAACACCCCUCUGGUCAUGACCAGCAUGAUAAAAGAGCACCAAGCAACUGUUAAGAAAAAAACUACUAUCAAGAGGCUGCAAAAUAAGGCAAAGUUUGUCUCUGCUACCAAGAAAAACACUUCCCAGUCUGAAUUGAAGAAAUCACACAGUCAGGCUAAUGGGAGUUCAGGGUUCACUAUGGACAAUGAAUCUAAUGACUCGCAGGAGUGGAAGGAGUUUUCCCAGUCCAUUCAGAGGAAUGGUGUAGAGACCUCUGCUGACACGGAGGAUGUACUGCCAGGUAGAAUGGAUGGGAAUAAUCUCCAUCACUGUGCAGAGAGAGUUCAUCAGGGAAACCAUGCAGUAGUUGUCAUGCAGAAAAAUCAGACCCUGUGUUUCCGUGGGAAAUGCCUUUUGACCUGCCUGUAUGGUCGGGUAGAAGUGUUGGGGUUCACUAUUGAAGAGGGCCAGCAGUCAUAUCCACUGUUCUCCCCGGCUUCACAUUGUCCUUUGGUGAUUACAGCACUAGAAAGCUCUGCCAACACCAGAGACGACAAAGCGGCAGCUUCACCUAUUCUCCAAAAGUAUUUAUUAUCGUCAGCGUCGCACAAAAAGUUGCUAAAAAAGGUAACAUCACAUUCCUCCAUCAUCCUCCUGGAGCCCAUGGAAACACCCCUGACACGGUUUCUGUCAAGCUUCUCGGAGCUCAGUGAAUUGUUCAGCCCCAUGAUGAGUGAACUAAUGUCAGCUGUGCUUGACACUCCUCUCAAUGGUUUGGGUGUGAUUCCUCUGAGUAGCAGCAUUGAGGGCCUGAACAUGUCAAAGAGCUACAGAGAUGCUCUUAGCACAGUGGUUGGUGCCUGCAGAGGAGACAUGGAUGGUUGUGCAGUUAUUCUUGUGUGUGGUACCAAGAAUGUGGGCAAGUCAACAUUUAUUCGCCACCUCAUCAACACUUUACUAAAUCACACUGCUUAUGUAGAUUACUUGGAAGCAGACCUUGGUCAAACAGAAUUCACCCCUGCUGGUUGUCUGUCAUUGUCAGUUGUCAGAGAACCACUUCUGGGACCACCAUUCUCACAUCAGCGCACACCAGACCACAUGAUCUACUAUGGUCAGACAACAAGUGAGUCGGACUUGGACAGAUACCUAGAAUCACUGAAGUCCUUGUGGCGUAGACGCUCGCCGAGCAGGGAGACUCCCAUCAUCAUCAACACCAUGGGCUGGGUCAAGGGAUUUGGGUUCCAGCUACUAGUGGACAUGAUUCGCAUCUUCCCAGUCUCACAUGUCGUCCAGCUCGGCCAUAGUGGUGUCACACAGUGUCCCGCCCUUACACCAGACUUUCUUAGGACGGCACAUGGGUGUCAGACCCACCCGCCAGCUCAGACAGCAAUGGAUGAGUUUACAGAGAACCACAGUCCCCCAAGAAGCUACACUCACCUUAUUAUACAGUCAGAGUUUCAAGGAGUGGCACGUCAAGGAGCUGCGAAACACCAGCGCAGUAACGAGCACAGAGAGCUGUCGUUGCUGGCUUACCUGAGUCAGCUACAGUCUCCUGAACCUGGACCAGUUAGACCGCUACACAGCCUCACCCCAUACCAGGUGCCACACACAGCUGUGGCUUUAGGUGUGAUCCAUUGCGAGGUGGUGCCAAAUCACAUGCUUUAUGCUGCCAAUGCCACACUGGUGGGGCUCUGCUGCCUGGGAGAAAAAAUCGUAAGCAGAGGAGGUCCAGUCCUCUUGUCCCAGGCACCCAUCUGUCCAUGUGUGGGCUUUGGUGUGCUCCGAGGUGUUGACAUGGCUCGAGGUCUGUACUUCCUGCUGACUCCUGUAGAUCCCUCCAUUCUACGCAAGGUCAACUGUCUCCUACUUGGAGCCAUAACACUGCCUUCCUGCAUCCUCACAGCACAGGCUGGCUGUGAGGGGGAGAUGCCCUAUGUCACCACAGACUACAGUUUUGAUGUCACCGGUGCAGGAAAGCUGCGAGUCUUUAAGGGACUGAUGAGACCAAGUCAAAUAGGGAUGUAAUGACUUUCUCCACAGAGCACCACCUGAUUUAUUUCUCAUUACGUUCUUGACUGUUGUCUUACGUCCACCUGUCAGCACUGGCUGUAGAUUGUACAGACCUGACACUGAGACAGGAAUUUUUUUUCUCUCUCUCUCGCUCUCAUUUCAAGAUUCAUUGUGACAGUGAUGCCAGGGAGACAGACUUCCCUGUUGUUGGAUGUCAUAUCACAUGGACAAUAACAUCACACCUUGUAGUUGAAGCUCUUGUUUGUAGGUAACAUUCCAAACAUGAACACAUGGAGCUGCCAGAAAUUAAAUGAAAAGCAACAUGUGUUCAGACUGCUCUCUUUUCUUGCUUUCAAAUGCUUUUAUCAACCAGUGUACUAGUGGCUUUUAAAAUGAAAGACAUAGUUGUUAUCGGAGGCAGCAGUGCAUCACCAACUCCUGUGUGCCACAAUACAAAAAGGGAUUUUUUUCAUAGAGUUGUGAGGAGUGUGGUUUACAAAAUGUCUCAAAACCUAGUUUCCAGUUAUACAAGGCUGUCCAAAGUCAAGCCAAUGCCUUUUGGUUGUGAAAGCCUUUUCAGUGAGAGUCUGUUUAAGCUGGUUCCGUUGCAGUCAGCACUGACAGUGUCUGUAUCUCAUAUAAACACAUUUUAAGAAAAAAGCUAUCAUCUCAGCUUUUUGUUUUACAGUUGUACACAUCCAGGUAGAUUUCAACUAGGCCAUUUAACCAGUAUAUGCAGGAUGCAUUAUAAUCCCUGAUUCAGACAGUAGUUUGUUUUGUGGGAUAAAAUCAAAUGAAAGAAGCAUGUUUUGUCAGUAUUACAUUUUCACGACAGUCAGAUAUUCACCUGAAAUUGAUCUAUUUUUAUUGCAGACCAACUGCUUUAAAUGUUCUGCUUUUGUUCUGCUGUUUAAUACUUAACACUUAAGUGUUACUGCAUUUAUGGGUCAUUCAAGGAGAAUUUUUGUAAAUGUUUACAGUUUAAUGUGUAGGCUUGUGUGGGAUUACAUCAAGUACAAAUCUGGUGCUACAGAUUGUGCCACAGGGGGGCAGCAAAUGUGUGUUGAAAUUUUUCUCUGAACAACAGCAGAUGGUCACAAAAGGGUGAAAGAAAAUGCAAUAAAAAGUGUAAAAACACAA